GGAGGAGGAGGAGCUCCGCCGCUGGGGCAAACCUGUGGGAGGCAAUGUUUGAGUAACUCCAAAGAGACCAGAUAGUGGAAAUGUCAGCCCUCAACUGGAAGCCCUUUGUGUAUGGAGGGCUGGCCUCCAUCACAGCGGAAUGCGGCACAUUUCCAAUUGAUUUAACUAAGACACGGCUCCAGAUUCAAGGCCAGACAAAUGAUGCCAACUUCCGAGAAAUCCGGUACCGAGGGAUGUUGCACGCACUGAUGAGGAUAGGUCAGGAAGAAGGGCUGAGGGCGCUGUAUUCAGGGAUCGCCCCUGCCAUGUUGCGCCAGGCUUCCUAUGGAACCAUCAAGAUUGGCACUUACCAGAGCUUGAAGCGAUUAGCUGUGGAACGCCCGGAAGACGAAACCCUGCUGAUCAAUGUUGUGUGUGGAAUUCUGUCUGGAGUCAUAUCCUCAGCUAUUGCUAAUCCAACUGAUGUUUUGAAAAUCCGAAUGCAAGCACAGAACAGCGCUGUUCAAGGCGGAAUGAUAGGCAACUUCAUUAACAUAUACCAGCAGGAAGGGACCAGAGGACUGUGGAAGGGCGUGUCCCUCACGGCUCAGCGGGCUGCCAUUGUUGUCGGUGUGGAGCUACCAGUCUAUGAUAUCACCAAGAAGCACCUGAUACUCUCGGGCCUGAUGGGAGACACUGUCUUUACACAUUUUCUCUCAAGCUUCACCUGCGGUCUGGUGGGGGCUUUGGCCUCAAACCCUGUCGACGUUGUGAGAACCCGUAUGAUGAAUCAGAGAGUCCUUCGAGAUGGCGGGUGCUCUGGCUACAAGGGUACCUUGGAUUGCCUAUUGCAGACAUGGAAGAAUGAAGGUUUUUUUGCUCUAUAUAAAGGUUUUUGGCCAAAUUGGUUGCGCCUUGGUCCUUGGAAUAUCAUUUUCUUUUUGACAUAUGAGCAGCUGAAGAAACUGGACUUGUGACCAGUCCAUGCUACACAAGAUAUUCUUCUGAAAAGCCAACAUCCGCAACAGUAGAACCUCCUGUGCUUCUGGCUGCUUCUCACUGCACAGCUCAUCACAGCUUCUAGGAUGGGAGCGACGGGUGAAGAUUGGGUUCUUCAGAUUGUCAUGUUGGCACUGGAUGCUUUUCAUCUGUGUUCAGAAAUUAAACUAUAGCAUGUACUCACUA